UGACCAAUGACGCUGUAUUUUGGGCCGGCGAAGCCCAAUGGCAUGGCAGGGAAGGCGGGCCCGAUCCGGGUUAGGGUGUCCUUGCAGGGUGUCUGAGCUAAACUUCACCAAAUAAUAGCUGUUUGUAUUUUGGCUGCUGCAGGAGCCAUUUUAGGACACUGGAGACCCUGCCUGGACUACGUGAACCUGCUGCCUCUGGGAGCACGUCUGCUGCACCAGCCUUCUGAGGAGUACAGCUUACCUGGCAGAUCCCGUGAUCAUCAUUUAAGUCACUUAGUCUCCAGAAAUAAAAUAAUUGCCUUUAAUAGAUGAUAAUGAAAAUACAGAAGAAAGAGAAGCAGUUGUCAAGUCUAAAAGUUCCGAAUCACUCCCCAAUGUCUGAUGCCUCUGUCAAUUUUGACUACACAUCCCCCUCCCCAUUUGACCACAGCACUGACCAGGAGGAGAAAAUCGAAGAUGUUGCCAGUCACUGUCCAGCCCCGAAGGAGCUGUACGACGUUGAAGAGGAGGCCGGGCCCCUUUUCCCCAGGAAAACGGCGUCCCAUAACGGUAUGGAGGACAGUGGCGGAGGAGGCACGGGCGUGAAGAAGAAACGCAAGAAAAAGGAUCCAGGGGAGCACGAAGGGGCAGCAAAGGGAAGCAAGGACAGGGAGCCUAAGCCAAAGAGGAAGCGCGAGCCCAGAGAGCUGAAGGAGCCCAGGAAGGCCAAGGAGCCCAGGAAGGCCAAGGAGCCCAGGGAGCCCAAGCAGAAGGACGGUGCCAAGAAGACGCGGAAGCCGCGCGAGGCCUCAGGCCCCAGGGAGGCCAAAGAGAAGAGGGGCGGCCCCGACGCUGCAGCCAGGACGAAGUCCAGGAAGGCCAGCAAGGAGCAAGGACCAACCCCAGUGGAGAAAAAGAAGAAAGGAAAAAGGAAAAGUGAAACCACAGUGGAGAGUUUAGAGCUGGAUCAGGGCCUGCCGAAUCCAUCCCUGCGGAGCCCCGAGGAGUCCACUGAGUCUGCAGACAGCCAGAAACGACGCUCAGGACGGCAAGUGAAGCGCAGAAAAUACAACGAAGACCUGGACUUCAAGGUGGUGGACGAUGACGGGGAGACCAUUGCCGUGCUUGGGGCCGGCCGGACGUCUGCCCUCUCAGCUUCGACCCUGGCCUGGCAGGCGGAGGAGCCUCCAGAAGAUGACGCAAACAUCAUUGAGAAGAUCCUGGCAUCUAAGACUGUCCAGGAGGUCCACCCGGGAGAACCCCCAUUCGACCUGGAGCUGUUCUAUGUCAAGUAUAGAAAUUUUUCCUACUUACACUGUAAAUGGGCCACAAUGGAAGAACUCGAAAAGGACCCUCGCAUCGCACAGAAGAUCAAGCGAUUUAGGAAUAAGCAAGCCCAGAUGAAGCACAUUUUUACUGAGCCUGACGAAGACUUGUUCAACCCAGACUAUGUGGAGGUUGAUCGCAUCUUAGAGGUGGCCCAUACCAAGGAUGCAGAAACCGGAGAGGAGGUGACGCAUUACCUGGUGAAGUGGUGCUCACUGCCUUAUGAAGAGAGCACUUGGGAACUGGAGGAGGACGUGGAUCCUGCCAAAGUUAAAGAAUUUGAAUCUCUGCAAGUGCUCCCUGAAAUCAAGCACGUGGAGCGACCCGCUUCAGACUCCUGGCAGAAACUUGAGAAGUCGCGAGAGUAUAAGAACAGUAACCAGCUCCGGGAGUACCAGCUGGAGGGGAUGAACUGGCUUCUUUUUAACUGGUAUAACAGAAAAAACUGCAUUUUGGCCGAUGAGAUGGGCCUAGGGAAAACCAUCCAGUCCAUCACGUUCCUUUCAGAAAUAUUCCUCAGGGGCAUCCACGGCCCUUUCCUCAUCAUCGCCCCACUCUCCACCAUCACCAACUGGGAGCGGGAGUUCCGAACGUGGACAGAGAUGAAUGCCAUCGUGUACCACGGCAGCCAGAUCAGCAGGCAGAUGAUCCAGCAGUACGAGAUGGUGUACAGAGACGCACAGGGAAACCCCCUCUCAGGUGUCUUCAAGUUCCAUGUUGUCAUUACAACAUUUGAGAUGAUCCUGGCAGACUGCCCAGAGCUGAAGAAGAUUCACUGGAGCUGUGUGAUCAUCGAUGAAGCCCACAGGUUGAAGAACAGGAACUGCAAGCUUCUGGAGGGCCUGAAGCUCAUGGCCCUGGAGCAUAAGGUGCUGCUCACGGGGACGCCCUUGCAGAACUCGGUGGAGGAGCUCUUCAGUCUGCUCAACUUCCUGGAGCCAUCACAGUUCCCUUCAGAGACUGCUUUCUUGGAGGAGUUUGGAGAUCUGAAGACAGAGGAGCAGGUGAAGAAACUGCAGUCUAUCCUCAAACCGAUGAUGCUUCGGCGGCUAAAAGAUGACGUGGAAAAGAACCUCGCUCCCAAGCAAGAGACAAUCAUCGAAGUAGAGCUGACCAAUAUCCAGAAAAAGUACUACCGUGCCAUCCUGGAGAAGAACUUUUCCUUCCUGAGCAAGGGGGCCAACCAGCACAACAUGCCCAACCUCAUCAACACCAUGAUGGAGCUGAGGAAGUGCUGCAACCAUCCCUACCUGAUCAGCGGGGCAGAGGAGAAAAUUCUGGAGGACUUCCGGAAAACCCACAGCCCCGAUGCCCCGGACUUUCAGCUGCAGGCCAUGAUCCAGGCCGCAGGGAAGCUGGUGCUGAUUGAUAAACUGCUCCCUAAGCUGAUCGCUGGCGGCCACAAAGUGCUCAUCUUCUCGCAGAUGGUGCGCUGUCUCGACAUCCUGGAAGAUUAUCUCAUCCAGAGAAGAUACACCUAUGAGCGAAUUGAUGGGCGAGUACGGGGAAACCUGCGCCAGGCAGCCAUCGACCGGUUCUGUAAGCCAGACUCAGACCGCUUUGUCUUUCUUCUGUGCACCCGAGCGGGAGGCCUGGGGAUCAAUCUCACAGCUGCCGAUACCUGCAUCAUAUUUGAUUCAGACUGGAACCCACAAAAUGACUUGCAGGCUCAGGCCCGGUGUCACCGGAUAGGCCAGAGUAAAGCCGUCAAGGUGUAUCGCCUCAUCACGCGGAACUCCUACGAGCGAGAAAUGUUCGACAAGGCCAGCCUGAAGCUGGGCCUGGACAAGGCCGUCCUUCAGGACAUCAACCGGAAGGGCAGCACGAAUGGCGUACAGCAGCUCUCAAAGAUGGAGGUAGAGGACUUGCUCCGGAAAGGUGCCUACGGCGCCUUGAUGGAUGAAGAGGACGAAGGCUCCAAGUUCUGUGAAGAAGACAUAGACCAGAUCCUGCAGAGGAGGACACAUACCAUCACCAUCCAGUCUGAGGGGAAAGGAUCCACUUUCGCCAAGGCUAGCUUUGUGGCUUCAGGAAACAGAACGGAUAUUUCCUUAGAUGACCCAAACUUUUGGCAGAAGUGGGCUAAAAUAGCUGAACUGGACACUGAAGCAAAGAAUGAGAAGGAGAGCCUGGUGCUCGACCGCCCGCGCGUGCGGAAGCAGACCAAACACUACAACUCUUUCGAGGAGGACGAGCUCAUGGAGUUUUCGGAGCUGGACAGCGACUCUGACGAGAGGCCCACAAGGUCCCGGCGCCUCAAUGACAAAACCAGGCGCUACCUCCGGGCCGAGUGCUUCCGGGUGGAGAAGAACCUGCUCAUCUUCGGCUGGGGCCGGUGGAAGGACAUCCUGACGCAUGGGCGGUUCAAGUGGCAUCUGAACGAGAAGGACAUGGAGAUGAUCUGCCGGGCCCUGCUGGUGUACUGCGUCAAGCACUACAAAGGGGACGAGAAGAUCAAGAGCUUCAUCUGGGAGCUGAUCACGCCCACCAAAGAUGGACAGGCCCAGACACUCCAGAACCACUCAGGCUUGUCCGCUCCGGUCCCUAGAGGGAGGAAGGGGAAGAAGACGAAGAACCAGCUGCUGCUCCCGGAGUUAAAGAACGCAGACUGGCUGGCCACCUGCAACCCCGAGGUGGUCUUACAUGACGAUGGCUACAAGAAGCACCUCAAACAGCACUGCAACAAGGUACUUCUGCGAGUCCGGAUGCUGUACUACCUAAAAGCUGAAAUACUGGGAGAAGCAGCUGAUAAAGCAUUUGAAGGAACUCCAGCCAGGGAGCUGGACGUGCCCCUGCCUGACAUUGACUACGUGGAGAUCCCGGUGGACUGGUGGGAUGCUGAGGCCGACAAGUCCCUCCUGAUUGGUGUGUUCAAACACGGUUACGAGAGGUACAACGCCAUGCGAGCCGACCCAGCACUUUGCUUCCUGGAGAAAGUGGGCAUGCCAGACGAGAAGUUGCUUUCUGCAGAGCAGGGUGUCACAGACGGGGCCUCAGACGUCCCCGAAAGAGGCCACACGGAUAAAGAAGACAAUACAGAAGACAAGGUAGACGGCCUCCAGAAACAAAUGGAGAGUUCCAGUGACGGAGGUGAUGGCCUUUUUGCUGAAAAGAAGGAUGACACCCGGGCAGCCCAGGAUGGCUCCGACCCAGACAAAUCACCCUGGCCGGUUUCAUCCGCACUCACUGCUCGUCUCCGACGCCUGGUCACCAUUUACCAGCGCUGUAACCGCAAGGAGCUCUGCCGGCCUGAAGUCCUGGGACUAGGAAACCAGAGCUACUGGGUCCAGGAAGAGAUGUUCCGGAGGUCCUCAGAGAUGGAGCUCAUCAACAAGGAAGCCCAAAAGAGGUGGACAAGGAGGGAGCAAGCCGACUUCUACAGAACAGUGUCUUCCUUUGGUGUCGUUUAUGAUCAAGAGAAGAAAACCUUUGACUGGACACAGUUUCGCGUCAUUUCCCGUCUGGACAAGAAGCCGGACGAGAGCCUGGAGCACUACUUCUAUAGCUUCGUGUCCAUGUGCCGCAGGGUCUGUCGCCUGCCAGCCUGGAAGGACGGCGGUGAGGGUGCUCUGCCACUCUAUUCCCAGGGGGACACAGAGGGCCCCCCGGAUCCCAGCAUCUACGUGGAACCCAUCACUGAAGAGCGGGCCGCAAGAACGCUGUACCGCAUUGAGCUGUUGCGGAAGGUGCGGGAGCAGGUGCUCACGUGUCCUCAGCUGCACGAGCGCCUGCAGCUCUGCAGGCCCAGCCUGUACCUGCCCGUCUGGUGGGAGUGUGGGAAGCACGACCGAGACCUGCUGAUCGGCACCGCCAAGCAUGGCCUGAACCGCACUGACUACUAUGUCAUGACUGACCCCCAGCUGUCCUUCCUGGACGCCUACAGGAACUACGCCCAGCACAAAAGACCCGACCCCCAGGGCCCAGAGAGUCUCUGUUGCCUCUAUCAGACCAACUCCAAACUGUAUGAGUCUCUGGCCUAUACGCACACGAGCCGGACUUCCGAGUCCCUUGAAAACGAACCCGAGAACCUCAUGAAAAUCGAAGGUAGAGACGAUCACCUUGGUCCACCCAGGGGCAGCUUAUCUGACAUGACCUGUGAAAGCUUCAUCUCUAAAACUCAAGAUGUCCUUUCCCUUACCCAUGAUGAGAGUCUGCUGCCUGGGUCCUUGGAGGCCAUGAUGUACGGGAAGAAGGCACUAAGCCAGGAGCCAGGCCCUUUUCAGGGCAGCACGGGUGCCAGUACUGAGUCCAGGCAAGACACUGUGGCCAUCUCCGCAGGCAGAGACGGAAACUGCCAGCCCCGGGGCCACGAGGCAAAAAUAGCCUCAGACCCCUCUUUUAUGGAAACUUUAGAAGCAGGAGUAGCUCAGAUGAACAUUAAAAAUGAGAAACACCUAUUGAUAUCUCUUUCAAAGGAAGGGGAACUUGGCUGCAGCGAGGCAGGGCCAAGACCUGAGAGCAUCGGGCAGCUGGACUCCAACUGCUUUGCCUCCCCUUCCUUGGACCCAGGGAACGAGAGCGGGUUCGUCGACAUGUGCAACCUGAGUGUCUGCGACUCCAGAAGAAACGUGUCAUCAGACCAGCAGUUAAUCGACUUACUAGAAAGCAAAAGCUUAGAAAGCAAAUUGGUUUUGGGUCCAAACCACAGCGACGAGGAGGACGACGAGGACGAAAACGAGGAGGAAAGUCUCGAGCUGGCCGCAGGCAGGCGGGAAGGGCUGGCAGUGUCGCCUCUCAGCGAGCCCGCCACCCGCAUGGCAGGGGAGCAGAGCCUGGCCGGCUUCCUCACAGAGGAAGCCAAGAAAGGACGCGCGGAGGCCAGAAGCCAGCCUCCCGGGCCCCAGGGCCCCUUCCUUCCCGCAGCCUGUCAGUGUCACUGCAAACACGCGGAGAGGUGGGCACGUGGCUUCGAGAAAGAUGAGUUUGAAGUGGAGAAACCCCAGGCUUACCCCCCAGACCCCUUCACAAGCAAAGCCAAUAAUGUCACAGUGAGGGGCGAGCCCACUUCUGUCCCACCCGAGCUGUUCCAGGUGAAGCAGGAACUGCUGAAGGAACCCUGGAAAGAGAGCACAGAAGGGAACCAGGGUCUCCCUCCGUAUCCUGAAGGGAGUGAGCUCAAGCCGGAAGACAUGGAUUAUGAGAGUAAAGAGGAGUUCGAUAAAGACGGGAACUGCCAGAGUCAAGAUUAUCCAGGGAAGUACUCUGAGGAGGAGAGCAAGAGCUCGACCUCGGGCAUCACGGGAGACCUCGGGGACGACCUGCAAGAGGCGCGGGCUCCCACCAUUGCUCAGCUGCUCCAGGAGAAAACGCUGUAUUCAUUCUCCGAGUGGCCGAAGGAUCGCGUGAUUAUCAGCCGCCUAGAUAACAUCUGUCACGUGGUGUUAAAGGGGAAGUGGCCCUCCAGCCAGCAGUGCGAGCCCUCGGGCGCGCUGCCCACCCCCGUGUUAACCAGCAGUGCUGGUCCCCGAAGCGGCAUCUCAGAGCCAGAGGCAUCGGAGCACAGCUUCAGCAGUGGUGCAGCGUUAGUGGCCCAGAUGCAGAAGGAGAGCUUCUUGGCUCCGGUUUUCACAAAGGAUGAACAGAAGCACAGGCAUCCUUACGAGUUCGAGGUAGAGAGGGACGCGAAGACCCGGAGCCUGGAGCAGUUCUCGGCCUCCCACGGGCACCCCCCCAUCGUCCUCAAUGGCUGGCAUGGAGAGUCAGCCAUAGACCUCUCCUGCCCGUCGGAGGGGUCCCCAGGGGCCACGUCCCCUUUCCCAGUGAGCGCCAGCACCCCCAAGAUCGGCGCUAUUGGUUCACUGCAAGGAGCCCUUGGCAUGGACUUGUCGGGGAUCCUGCAAGCUGGCCUGAUCCACCCAGUGACUGGACAGAUUGUCAACGGAAGCCUCAGGAGAGAUGACGCUGCCUCCAGGAGGCGGAGAGGAAGGCGGAAACAUGUCGACGGAGGGGUGGACCUCAUCUUCCUGAAGGAGCAGACCCUGCAGGCGGGCAUCUUGGAAGUCCAUGAAGACCCAGGACAGGCCCCCCUGAGCACCCCACACCUUCCCGAAGGGCCGGUGCCCGCCACGUCGACCCCGGAGCCGACCCCGGCUGCCGGGAGCCCGGCCGAGAAAGCCAUUCCCAGCAAGAGCCUGCUGGACUGGCUGCGGCAGCAGGCCGACUGCUCCCUCGAGGUCCCGGGCUUCGGCGCGAAAUCCCAGCCCACAUCAGAAUGCCAGGCCAGAAAGGCGACGUGCGUGACCUCUUACCAGGACAGCGAGCCUCCGCUCGGCCCUCCCUUCACCAAUUUUUCAGACAAACCAAAGCAGAGGAGGCCACGCUGUAAGGAACCUGGAACGUUAGACGUCACCUCCCUGAGUGGGGAAGAGAGGGUUCCUGCUGUCCCCAAGGAGCCCGGCCUGAGGGGGUUUCUCCCAGAAAACAAGUUCAAUCACACCCUGCCCGAGCCCGUUCUCCGAGACGCAGGCCCCCGCCGCAGGGGCAGGCGGCCACGGAGUGAGCUGCUGAAGACCCCGGCCCUGGUGGCGGACGCCCCCUCCGGGAUGGGGCCGCUGUUCAUGAACGGCCUGAUCGCCGGGAUGGACCUGGUCGGGCUGCAGAACAUGAGAAACAUGCCGGGUAUCCCCCUCACGGGGCUGGUGGGCUUCCCAGCCGGCUUCACGGCAAUGCCCCCAGGCGAGGAGGUCAAGAGCACGUUGAGCAUGCUGCCCAUGGUGCUGCCGGGCAUGGCCGCCGUGCCCCAGAUGUUCGGGGUCGGGGGGCUCCUCAACGCCCCCAUGGCCACCACCUGCGCCUCGGCCGUGCCAGCGCCCCUGUCAAGCACAACCAAGGGCAGCGCUGCAGCGGCCGAAAAGACUGCGGAAGACCAGCCCGGCAGCCACAACGUCAAAACGGACCCAUCAGCCGAAGACAAGCCCGGCCCUAGCCCCUUUUCCUCCGACCAGCCUGAGCCCGCAAUAACUACGAGCAGCCCUGUGGCGUUUAACCCGUUCCUCAUCCCAGGUGUUUCCCCCGGACUCAUCUACCCUUCCAUGUUCCUCUCCCCCAGCAUGGGCAUGGCGCUGCCGGCCAUGCAGCAGGCCAGACACUCCGAAGCAGCAGGUCUGGAGAGCCAGAGGAGGAAGCGGAAGAAAACCAAGGGGGACGCCCCGAACCCCAACCCAGAGCCUGUGCCCGGGCUGGAGAGGGAGCCGGGCAGCAAGCAGAGCUGCCCAGAACCCAGGGCUCCUGCGCCCCCUGAUAGAGAACACGCAGCACAGGCCCGGGAAGGGGGCCCCCAGGACUCUCACGGUGACACCAAUUAGAACUUUUUCAUCGAGGAAAAUGAUUGUGACUUGUAAGUUUCUUAUCCCAUAAAGGUUUGUUACUUCCCCUCACUUCACCGUCAUAAGAACCUGUGUUUCCAUGAGUACUAUUACCUCCCUGAUUUCCUGUCUGAGAACUAUGGUAACAGAUGUUAAUAGUCAGUCACAGGGUCUUGCCACGUCAUCAGCUCCGUGUCGUUGACCUAGUAUAGGAGGUGCAGAACCCCUCACUCCGUUACCCAGUCGUCCAUUCCAGCGAUCGUAGUUAGUGCAGACGUGGGGACACGCCCUGCCCCCUUCUCUUCCAAGUUUCCCAUUUAUUCAAAGAGGAAAAAAAAAAAGGCAAAAGAAAGCCGGCUAGGGACUGACCGGUGCAGGGCCGAGGCAGAGAGCAGCUCUCUUUUUUUUUUUUUUUUUUUUUUUCCGUGAGCUGUGCCGAAUGGGAAGAAGGGUAACAGGGAACCAAAAAAACAAAAGCACAGAGAAAGGACAUGCUGGUGCGUAUUCUUUAGUUAAAAUAUUUCCCAGUUUUAUCACAAUUACUAAACGAGUAGGUUAGGCAGAAGUCUCUAACUAACGGUUGAAACCGCACAUAUCCAUUUCUUUCUAAAACAGAAACCUUACUGGUAGUAACAUGACUUCCCCCCACUCUGUGGGUUUUCAGGUAACCUGCAGCAAGAAGACAUAAUGACCAGGCAUCAUUUCUUACACACGCACGCAUCCCUCACCUCCCGAGUCAAAAGGGUAUUCCCAGUACGAGCAAGCUGUACACACUGUGGGCUGUUGCCAGCGGUGGGGUGGGAUGGGGGGCGCGCCUGCACACGGCAUAAAGCACACGACCAGCUCUGCCCCUACUUAGGCCUCUUAGGAACCCCUCUGGCCGCUGCUGGAGCCUCCUGGACUCUUACUUUUUGAUUCCUUUUGCCAGGACCCAGGCUCACUCUGGAGCCUGCAAGAAAAAUAAGUCCCCCAACACUCUUUGACACUAGCCAGGGGUUUGAGGUUGUCAAACGUACAUGCGUUCCACCUCUUAUAAAGAGUGCGACUGUGAGAAGUUUUUUUUCCUUCCCUCCGGAUUUUUCAGUUUAUAUUUUACAGUCGGACCCAGAUCUCAGAUCAUCAAGUUAGUGGAGACUGUGUUGGCAAGCUUAACAUUCCCCCUCCUUCCUCAGCUGCCCAGCUCUCCAGGCAGCCCGCCCCGACCCUGCCCACCCCUGCCCCGUCUUCCUUCACCCCCCCUCCCCCCCCCCCCACCACCACGCAGUCCUUCCCUUCUGAUAGUCUCAACUCUCCAUCCACAGUUCACACGCUGAGACUUGAAAGAAGCCCGUGGUUCAGUCCCCAGGGGGGCACAGGGUUGUGCGGGGCCGUUGGAAAUGUUGGAAGCGUUACUAGUACUGGUUUCACAUUUUGUUGUCAACAAUUUACUGUAUUUUUUUUUUUUUUUUUUUUACUUUUUCUGUAACAGUUUUGCUAUAAUUUAUCAGAAGGUCCAAAAGUUCGACAUAACUAUUUCAGUUUGCAUUAUUUAUUUAUGAUGCUUUUGUCAUUGUCUUUUAUACAUUUGGGAUUAUAAAUUAUGUAAAUGUUAAAAUGAGCAUCUCAAAGAAGUCUGUUAAAUCAUGGCCGGGGGAAAAAAAAAACCAGCUUUAUUUUUAAAAAGUGGAGUCCCAGUUUUAAUGAAUCAGAGUUAUAAAUCAGAAAUUCUGUAAACCGAUUCCAUAAGAAGAAAGGAUCCAGUAAUUAAACCGAUUCUAUUUAAUGACAUCUUUGUCGCAUAGGUGGUCUCUAAUGCUGACAACAGAUUUCUUAGAAAUGCUGCUCUCUCUAUUUAACUAACAUUUUGUUCAGUUUUGCCUCCAGUGGAAGCAGAAAGGGUUUUUUCAGCUGUUAAAUCCUAAAAAUCAAUAUAAUUUAUUUAUGUAAAAAAAAAAUCACUCAAUUGAUAUAUUUUUGAACCUUUUAAGUACUAAUUUUCUUUUUAUCAAGUAGGAAAAAAAAAUGUAUUUGCCCUAAAUCCUUAAAAUACAAAUGCUAUAAAAAUUCAUGUAUCUUGAAAGCCUUACUGCAAAUGAGUAUUAUAGACACCCAGCAGAGCCUGGGUUUUCUUUGCUGUCGUUGUUGUUUUGUAUGGAAAGGCUGCUUUCCCCAGGUUCCACUUAGAACCUCCAGUAGGUCACAGGGUUCAGUAUGGAUUUGAUUUAACAACCCACCAGCAUGCUAAAAAUCCCUUGUUAUAUCUUAUCGAACCUGUAUGUUAACUCUCUGGGUGUUUAGGCUUCUCUUUGACUGCUAUUGUGUCCCUGUUUGCAAAAUGAAAAUGACACUCUGUGGAUUACUUGCUCUGUAAGGCAUAAGUGCUUCUUAUGAUUAUUUUGACGUUUCCAAGAGCAAAAGCCAAAUUUAAAACUCUCUUCAGCAAA